ACCUGAAAUCUUCCAGGUGCCUCUACAUCAUGUGUCACAUUCCAGUCUUCUGUUGGAUGGCAGCCACUGUUCUGGAGUACAUGCUGACUAAAGCAGAGAGUGGAGAGAUUCCAACAUCUUUGACGCAAAUGUACACUCACUUCCUGAUCAUACAAACCAAACACAGGAGUCAGAAGUAUGGAAACCGUGAUGCGGAUGCACUCUGGAACCUGAAGACCAUUCUGUCCCUGUGCAAACUGGCUUUUCAGCAGCUGGAGAAGGGCAAUCUGAUCUUCUAUGAGGAGGACCUGAGGGAGUCUGGCAUUGAUGUCACAGAAGCAUCAGUGUACUCAGGGAUGUGUACCGAGAUCUUCAGAGAGGAGGCAGGGCUGUACCAGGGGAAGGUGUUCUGCUUUGUUCAUCUGAGUAUUCAAGAGUUUCUAGCAGCUUUAUAUGUGUUUUUGCACUUUAGCAAGAGAGAAAGCAAUAUGCCUGACCAACACCACACCUCUCAGCUUAAUUCACUGCUCAGUGCUAACAAACCUCAUGACCUACACCAGACUGCAGUGGACCUGGCCUUAAGGAAUGAGAAUGGACACCUGGACCUUUUCCUGAGGUUUCUUCUGGGCCUCUCACUGGAGUCCAAUCAGAAACUCUUACAAGACCUGCUGCCACAGACAGGAAGCAGCUCACUGAACACAGAGGAAACAGUCAAGUACAUCCAGCAGAAGAUCAGAGAAGUCCCCAACCCAGAGAGAUGCAUCAACCUUUUCCACUGUCUGAAUGAACUGAAUGACCCCUCUCUGGUGGAUGAGGUCAAGGGCUACUUGAGGAAGGGAAAAGAAACCAGAGAGGAUCUCUCUCUUUCCCAGCUGUCAGCUCUGGCGUUUGUGCUGCUUUUGUCAGACCAGGAACUGGAGGAGUUUAACCUGACGGAUUAUGGGGGAUGGCAUUCACCUGUCAGAUCAGAUGCAGGUCUGCUGAGGAUGCUGUCCGUGGUUAAAGCAUCAAGAAGAGUGAAGUGA